CCCAGGCAGCGUUUAAUUGCAGAGUGCAAAGGCUUUAGUUUGGGCUAAUGAGCUCAGCGCAGGAGCAGGGGCUCUUUCACGCACUCUCUGAGGGACAGAAACCCAUAUGGAGACCUUUACCGGAGGAGCCUCACAAGGCGGCUGGAUUUUAGGUGGAGGGCAGAGGAGGAAUUCAUGAAUUCAGGUACAGCCGGCUAUGUGAGAGAAUAUACCAGAGGCAGGAGUAAGAGGUGGAGAAAGAGAGGAGAGCGGGAGAGGGGAGGGGAGGAAACGGGAAAUACACAGUCACAGAGAGAGAGAGAGAGAGAGAGAGAGAGAGAGAGAGAGAGACUGGAAGCCUGCAGCAGCAAAUGAGACAGAACAACGAGGCGGGAGAGGUAGAAAGAAAGACAGAGAGGGAGGGAGGUGGAGAGGGGCCCCGUGUAGGAGAGAGGGCUACAGGGUGAGGAAGAAGGAGUGGAGAAAAAGUUAAGAGAAGUAGGAGAAAAGAGGGUCCCGGGAAAGAAAAAGAAACGAGUGCAGAGAUUUAAACAACAGCACAAGAGAGAAGAAGAAGACGGGAAACAACAGACAGGAAGGAAGGGGAGGGAGAAGUCUGGAAAAAAAAAGAGCUGAAGAAAAGUUUUUUGUGGGAAGACGCAGAUGAGGAAAACAGAGUGAGUGAAUGACUGGGCUGGAGAGAGCAGAGAGGGGAGGAUUGUUUUCUAAGGCGUUUUCCUCACAAGGACUUCUUUGGACAUGUACACAGAAGGCGCACAAACAACGGGACACCACCGAUUUCUUCAGCACAUCAACGCCACCUCCCCCUGCUCCUGCCAGCACUGCGUCCACUAUGAGCCGCCAGCGUACGGCCACCACGGUGGGCCGGGAUACCAAUCAGCCAGACAGACGGACCACCCAUCUCUGGACUGCAGGAGAGACAUCCAGGCUCCUCGGGUUAAAGACGCAGGAGGGAGAGCGAUCGUAGUGGACAGAGCUGAGAGAAGCGGUCGUCGCAGCCCACAGAGGAGGCCUGUGUUCGCAGGGCCGGGCCCUUACAGCCAGUCAGACGACUUGAGCCAAGUUUGCCCCUGGGAGUUGAACCCUGCCCAGUGGAGCUACCCGCCGGAGGCUGGGGUGAGACACUACCCGUCUGUCAGAGAACAGUGCGGCUGUGUGGUGCGCAGUGACACGAGGGUGCUCCCCUUUAACGCCGGGAUACCACAUCCUCUCCCCCAUCUUCAGGUCAAAGGUCAAGGGUACAGGCACAGGAGGACUGUCAGGUACGUCACCGUGGAUGAGGAGGAGGAAAGUUGUGGGUGCAACUCUGAGAACUAUCAUUCGGAGCCACGCAAUUCCCAUCCGGGUCAUUUACCAAAUGGCCACUGUGGACCGCGGUUUGUGUUCUUUGAGGGAGGGGAGGAAAGAGAUAACCAUCAGGACCGCGGAAGACCAAAGGGUGGAUCAGAGGAGGGCUGUAAUGGUCGCGGUGGCUCUCACAAAGGCUUCUUCACAACUGAAGUCCCACAGAAACACUUGAACCAAAGCAGACAGAAGGGGCCCUGCGUCCCGCCCUCCGGCAUCACCAGUCCGGAGCCCUCAAAACCGACAUUCAACAGCGACCACCAGCGCCAGGGCUCGGAGGUGGUGAAGCAGAAGAGGCGGCAGGAUUCGGUGAGGGAUCAGAUCAGACAAGUGGUGACAGAUCUGGAGGAUGUGUUGGGAGGUUUGAAGCAAGUUCACGUGGAGAUGAAAGAGGUGGUCCAGCAGAUCGAUCUUCUCACAGCCAGAAUCGACCUCAGCGACGACGUGCCCUGCAUCACUCAGGGGUCGCUCAGCAACCCCCACAGCUCUACUCAUCCAGGGGACCUCAGGGUGGCCCCGCUGCCCAAUCACAAGCCUGCUCCGGUCCAGGCGCCGCAACACAUUGACGAAGACCGCAUCAUCUUACGGACUAACUCUCCCUCCCCUGUUCACAUGGCAUCGGUCGUCAAAACGAGCCGCUUCACCCCGCCGAGCCACAGUAAGGACAGCAACCACGAGCGGCCAGGUGUAAACGGCCACCCGCCUCACCUGCAUCCCCCAAGAGACUCCAACCACAUUGGCCAAACGGAGCCCCACCCACAGAGCCUCGACCCUAAGGUCAUUAUCAGCAACAGCACCUCCAAUUUAAAAACUCAAAAGCCACCUCUGUACCCUCAAAACGGACGCUGUGGGAAGGGCCCGUACCCGCCUCCCAAGCCUGUGAGGACCGCUGCGUACGCCCGGAGAGGCUGCCAGAGCACCAGCAUGGUGUGAAGGAGGGGGGGUGGUCUGCCCCAGUGCCAUAGGGGCCUGAAACAUGAGACCCUGCUGCAGCGAGUGGAGGUCAGAGCGGGAUCCGGCAGGGGAACAACUCAUGCAGGAGCUGAUGCCGCUGAGACGAGCUGUCGGCCGGUGGAAACAGAGCACGGCCUGAAGGUGGGGAUAUUUCCAAAGGGAAAACUGCCCCCGAGAGUCGACCUGUGACACACAAUCACAGGAGCGUGGAGGAGCGGCAGUCAAAACCGCUCUGAGAAUUUAUGCUGUUUCCGGUGAGGUAGUGGUAAAUAAUGAGACACAUAAACUGUGAACUGCUGCUCAACAACCACCAACAGAAAGCUAAAGGUUUUCAUGACCGUGUUAAUUUAUUUUAUACUAUUUUUUUAUUGCAAAGAAAUCUAUUUUCAGGCAGCUUACACAGUUUGCAUUCUCCCUAACCUCAUGUAUGCUAUAUAUAGAUUUAUAUCAUCUAAGCUAUUUUACAAAUAAAGAGUUCCAGUCCACAUAAAAGCGCAACAAAACAGAUUCUUCUUUUUUUCACACGAAUCAAUCUGACGUCUUAAUUAUCUAACUCUGAGAGAUGUUGCAUUGAAUGCAUCGCUGAAUGUCCCACAUUUUAAUAUGAAAUAAAAGAAGUGACGCCAGCA